GUGCAAUGCAUUUUAGUGGAUAAAAGACAACGCUGCACGCUAUGGAUGUAUUUCCUUCAUCUGCCUGCAGGGGCGCUGUCGGUGCGUUUUCUGCAGACUGAUCAUAUGACAGCUGCCUGCGUCCCACUUCCCUUCCUCGCUGGAAAACGCCACAUCUGACAGGGAGGGAGAGACAGACACUACCGUGGGGGAGUGUGGACACCGACCUGAAGAUGCUGGCCCUAGUGAACCGGCUGCUGGACUGGUUUAAGACUAUGUUUUGGAAGGAGGAGAUGGAGCUGACGCUGGUUGGCCUCCAGUACUCGGGAAAAACUACAUUUGUAAACGUGAUCGCUUCUGGGCAUUUCAGUGAAGACAUGAUCCCUACGGUGGGGUUCAAUAUGAGGAAGGUCACCAAAGGAAACGUCACCAUAAAGAUCUGGGACAUAGGAGGGCAGCCAAGGUUCAGGAGCAUGUGGGAGCGGUACUGUCGGGGAGUUAAUUCAAUCGUGUACAUGGUUGACGCAGCAGAUCAAGAAAAGGUGGAGGCAUCUAGAAACGAGCUUCAUAAUUUAUUAGACAAACCUCAGUUGCAAGGAAUUCCUGUUUUGGUACUCGGUAACAAAAGGGAUCUCCCCAGUGCUCUAGAUGAAAAGCAGCUCAUUGAGAAAAUGAAUCUGGCAGCCAUUCAGGACAGAGAGAUAUGCUGCUACUCCAUUUCCUGCAAAGAGAAAGACAACAUUGACAUAACACUUCAGUGGCUCAUCCAGCACUCAAAAUCCAGGAGGAGCUAGCUGAAAAUGCAGGAGUUGUUUUCAGCUGUGUAUUGCCAUGUAGCUGUUAUGCCACCACCGGCCCCCCCCACCCAUCACCUGUCGUAUUUUCAACUCACAUGCUGCUCUUUUCUGCUUGUGACACACACUUCCCCCCUUUUCAUUUAGUAGUUAUUUCACAAACCCUGAGAAUGAACUACUAAAAAAAUGUUAUUCUGGUAUCAGAUGUAAGGAACAUUAUUGGCAUUAUUGUCCUGUAAAGCUUUGGAGUCAAAACAUCAUUUGGAAUAUAUUUGUCAUAAUUUAGGCAUUACCCGGCUGAUCAUACCCAGUGGUUCAUAACACUAAUCUGGGGUAUACAACAACAACCUCCUAAAGAAGGGUUGAUAACAAUGUUCUUCACACUGUCACAUAUGACGCCAGCAGACAGCUGAUGAGACAUGCAGCUCUUCCCACUUCUUUCUAGCUCUACUCUGUGAUCGUAUUUGAAUGUCACCUUUAGCUUGAUAACAUCUUCUUCUUUCACGGAGAUGUCUAUUGUUUUAGAAAAUGUGCAAGUCAAUAGAUGCAGGUCUGUACAAAUGUUGAGCUAGUAUGAUUUUUACUGAUGUGAGAUGUGCGUGUAUGAAUAUGUGAUUCUAUUUAAAGUCUGACUGUUCUAUAAGUAAAAAUACGUGUACGGGGUCGUGUGGGUUAUUUUGGCCUCAGUUUGUAAGUAUCCACGGUGGAAGAUGUUGUUUGUGCUGCCUCAAAGCUGAGAGAGUGGCAGAAUGUAAAGUGCCUUGUGCAAUAUCUCUCGCCUCUGCAGCCAAACAGCAUGCAAGGUGUGCCUACCUGGGAAAAGUAAAAAACACCACUAUAUAUUCAACAAAUAAAAAGGCUUGCUUUUUAAUUUAAA